UGCCGGGCUGUGGGUGAGUUUUUGCCCGUGACCAGACUGAAGCUGGGGAAGCUAAAGGUGGUGCGGCGGCAGCUGCUGCAAAGGUAUGAACACCAGCCGUUUGUCUCCUGUCUGGCUGGCCUCUAUGGCUGCCAAUGGAGACGAUAUCAAAGAGCCCGGGCGCAGCCAGGAGAGUGCUGCUGCAGCAAGGUGGAGUGUGGCAGCUUUGGCCUCCUGAUCCUCACCUUCUUCCUGAGUUUUUUAUUCCUUUAUUUCUGGAGUGAAGCUCAGAAUGACUACAUAGACUUUGACUGGUUUAACUUUGGGACUUUGGGUUUCUGGUUUCCCUGGUCUUUGGUCCUUUUGGUCAUUGCUGCUACUCUCUUCACAUACACCUCCCUACUACUGGUGCUGGCAGUGUGUCUGCUUUCUGAGGGUCAGAGGCUGUACCUUCACUGGAGCCACAAGACUGGCAUCCUGGUGUCAUUGGUGUUCUCCGUCACUGCCACCGCCAUCCUGUCUGACCUCUGGAGAAAAGAAUGGAAGACUCUUCUUCUCUCCCUGCAGGUGACAGCACCUUUCCUCCAUGUGGCUGCAGUCUCACUAAUGGCAAUUCUCUCCUGGCCAAUAGCGUUGCACUUCUUCCGCAUGAACAAGAAAGUGCGUCAGGUGGCCGUCCUGGGUCUCUACCUGUCCAUGCUGUUCUCUCUCUACCUGGUCCCUCUGGGAAUGUACUCGCCCUGCAUUAAAGAGGCAGGAACGCUGGGACCCGCCCCAACACUCAUCGGACACAGAGGAGCUCCAAUGCUUGCUCCAGAGAAUACUGUGAUGUCGUUUGAGAAGGCAGUGGAAGCUGGAGGCGAAGGAUUGGAGACUGAUGUCACCAUCAGUUAUGAUGGUGUUCCCUUCCUGAUGCAUGACUCCACUCUGAGGAGAACCACUAACGUCGCUGAUGUUUUCCCAAAUCGAACACACCUCGAUGCCUCCAUGUUCACCUGGGCUGAGCUACAGCAACUGAAUGCUGGUGACUGGUUCUUAUCGAGGGAUCCAUUUGGUACUGUGUCGUCCAUGUCUGAGGCGGACUUCUCCCAGGUCCAGAACCAGUCUGUUCCCUCACUGGCCCAGUUCCUGGAGGUAGCGGCCCGUAGCAACAGACUAGUGCUGUUUGACCUGCGUAGGCCACCGCACGGACAUCCCUACAGUCAGUCAUACAUCAACACCACCCUGCAGGUGGUGCAGGCCCACAUCAACUCCUCACAGGUGCUGUGGCUGCCAUCUGAGGACAGGGAGCUGGUCCAGACUGUGGAUCCAGAGCUGCAGCAGACCUCUGGAGAAAAGGCAUCUAUCCAGGAACUAAGAGACGGGCACAUCACCAGACUCAACCUGCACUACAGCACAAUGUCACAACAACAGAUCAGUAAGUACCAGUCAGUGAACAUCAGCACCAACCUGUAUGUGAUCAGCCAGCCGUGGCUCUACACUCUGGCCUGGUGUGCCGGAGCUCAGUCCGUAACCACCAACUCCAUCCACAUCCUGUCCAACAAAAAGCCGCUUUACCUCAUGACUCCAGAGGAAUAUAGUUUAAUGUGGAUUCUGACUGAUGCCGUGUCUGCCUGCCUCAUCAUUGCAGUUUUCUUAUUCCAUUGGUGGAGAGAGAGAGGCCUGCCCUUCUGGUCUGGCAGCCGUCAGACUCACGAGAACGGACCUUACAGCAAGUUCAGGACGGAGCUGAGUGACGUGUGGUCCAUCUCCAGCGUCAAUGUCCGGCCUGACCUACGGAGCACGCCCAGUUCACCCAGUGCCCCUCACCUGCCCACCAUCACCGAGGAGUGACUGAGGGAGAGAAAGAGAAAGAGAGAGAGAGGCCAGAUAGGGAGGUACAGGUGAUGAGAGAUGGUAAAAAAAAAAAAAGGAUUUGUUUAGUGAGAGAGAGAGAGCUUUGUCAUGGCAUCGGAAAAGUUUUUGUUGAUGGCUUUCAAAUUUCAACAAUAAAUUAAAUUAGAAUUACAGACAUUUUAAAGCUAUUAUUUAUAACAUAGUUUAACAUUAAAAAAACUAGAUGUGUCAUCACAUUUCAGUUAAAACGUUGCUUAAUUUGUGACAUUGCCUUUUUUUCAACUAAGCCCUGGCGACCUAGUGAGAGGAGUGCAGAAAUCAUUCCAGUGAAAUAACCAAACAAAACGUAUUUGUCUUGGACAGAAAAUUGGAUCUCGUCACUCAUAGUAAGAAACUGAUUGAGAAAAUGUGUUUUCAGGGCCUUUUAAAUUAAAGAGAAAAGAUAAUGGAGAGAGACAGCAAACUCUCUUGUCUUUCUCCGCUUCCUCUCUCAGUCUGCGGGCCGACUGCCUGCAGGAACUGAACUGCUGAACCAAACCUCAUUCACUGACCUGCCAUCCGGGACGGAGCAGAGAGACUCUGGACUCGAGCCUGGAAGCACCAGUGUUUUUUUUUUUUUCUCCAUACUCUCUCAUAGAUGCCAUUCAGAUGCCUGGGCGGUGAGGACACUCAAACACUAGCCCAGAGGCUGACAUGCUUGAUGAACAUUUUCAUCUUUGGUCAUUCAACAUCACCAGCUGAUAUCGACUAGAUGUUAAAGAAACAAAACCUCGCACAAGAAAGAAGAAUCAAUAUAUGCUGCUGUAGUAGUACAUGAGUCUCUUUCACUCAUCCGCCUCGUGUUUCUAGUAAAAACCAAAUGUUUGUCAAAGGAAAAGCGGCAGCGUGGAGGUGAAGCUCAGAGUGAGUGAAAGCUGAUGGUGAUGAAAAUUGUAACUUCGGAGCAGGAGACAUGUGGACGAUGAUAAAAUGGAGAAUCUUCUGUAGGAGCUAUACUUUUAUUUUUAUUUUUUCAGCUGUACAAUUAUCAGGUGCAUUUGACCAAACCUUAAACCAUGUCUUGACCAUGUGAGUUGUUGGAGGCAGUGUAUGAACUGUACACUGUUGGGCUGACAGAAUGAAUGUAAACCUGAAGCUUGAGAAGAUAUUGUUAGUUACUGUUUUUGUUUUGUACUAAAGUGAAUGUAUUACCAAGCGGGGCCGUGUUUCUCAAAAGCAUACGAGGAAUGUUUUGGCUGGGAGUAAUUUCAGUUUGGGUACGGAUGCUAAAUGUAGUAUCAGCUGCUCCAAAUAAAGAUAAAGAUGCUUUUGAGAAACCGGAUCCUGUGCUCUUUUUGCAAGGCAGUGAGUACAGCAUCUGCUUUUUCCUCAAAUAUACAAAUAUACGCACACAGUACCGUAUGACUAUAUAAUCUGUGGGUUACACUUUAUUUGGAAAGUCUGCUACAGAUGGUUAGUUGAGAUUCAACUGAUUCACAUAUUAAGCUGUUUUUUAGGUUUGGUUUAGGUACACAAAACAUUUUGAUUAGGGGAUGAUCAUGAAUUACCCCAAAUAUACUUUAUUGAUAAUCUGUUAAACAUCUAAAGGUAAAAGAAAAAACAUUUGAAAACUAUCUGUUGGUGGGCUAUCCAAAUAUAAAGUGUCAUCUUUGUUGUGUUGUCCUAACUCAAACUCUUAAAUCCAGAGUGUCUUGUCUCAACUUUUUAGGUGUGAAAUCCGUGAAGUUAGGGGCUUUGAUUUUCUGAGGGGUUUUCCCAGUUUUCUGCACAGUUUUGGAGGUGAAUCAGGAAGUGCUGCAGUAAGUGCCAUUUAAAAAAAAUAAAAUAAAAUUAUUGUUAGGAUCAAUCACUCUAAGCAAAGUAAAUGUGCAGGAAUUUAUUUAAAACAAUCUUAACAAUAGUUUGGAUGCACAUCCUCGCAGGUAUCAUUUGCAAUGAAUCAGUGCAACACAGUUUACAGUGUGUUGCUCAUUACAUUUAACCUGCAGUCAGAAUCCAUGAUUUUAUCCAACUAGUGUUGAAGCUCCCAUUCUCAGUCAUUCUUAGCUUUUUAUUAAUAUUGGACUUUGAAAUUUUGGAUUCUGUUGGAUUUGAGGUUACUCUGUCUUUGUCUUUGUGUGUCCUGCACCGUUGAACUUACACAGGCCUGGUUAUGGUCUGUCUGGCCAAGGUGAUGCUGAAACUUGUCUUAAGACAGAUGUUUGGCUGCAAUCAGAAGUUUCCAGUCUUAAAAAAAACUUCAAGGCAACACAAGACGAACGAAUGAGAAGAAUGAAGAAUGAGUUUGUGUAAGUCCUGAAGUCAGAAAUGACUGAAUGAAACGAGGCUAAAAUUAUGUAGAUCUAAAGUUUAGACAUUACAGUGCAGUCACAUCACCGUCUAAGACCAAGCAACUUAAUGUACUGUAUUGUAUUGUGAUAUGAAUAAGUGGUUAGCACUUAGUUUAAUUGUAUUUGUGUUCCUGUUGAGAAUAUAGUAGCUGAUCUGUUGGGUAGGCUAAGCAUUUUAGCUGCAGUUAUCAAUCACUGCACAGCCAUAUUUAUUAUAUUGAAUUUGAUGUUUCCCACCAUAAGACCGUUCAUUUUAAGCGAGCGAGUCUGGUGACAAUGCGGCAUUGCAUUGUAUUUGCUUUAGAGAUGCAUUGCAUUUUGAGCCUUGCAUGUAAGGGAUUUAUUCGCCUUUUGUUUUAUAGAUGCUUUCUUAAAGUGAAAUUUGCCCCAAUGUUGUAUCAUACUCAGAGCUCAUGUAGACUGUGUCUUUAGGCAGAUAUUCAAGUGGUUUCCAGUUUAAAACAAUAUCCUAACAUCCAUAGAAGCAUCUGUUGUUCACGAAAGGGCAGCUCUCCAGAGGUCACAAACACAGCAAGCUGUGAUGAAAACAGAAUGAUUGUAGAUAAAAUCAGGCAACACAUGAGGUGAUUCUGUUGCAGUUUUUGACCUUUGCAGUGUUGCCUUUUUUCCUCACUUCAAUUUUGGGAAAUACAGACAUUGCUGUUUUUUGAAAGGCAGUUCAGAAGUUCAGAGCUGGAGUUGUGUGUCUGGCAUGAGGUUUAACCUCAAGCUGUUUUAAAAAAAUAAAUAAAUUAAAUCUCUAUAUUUAAGGCAAAUAUCCAGUUAAGUUAUGGCUGCAUUAAACUGUUCACAUGCAGGCGACUCGUGCAUGCUGCUCUGCACGUUAUUUCAGUAAAGAAAACGCAAGGAAACUUUAAAUUAGUGCGACCAAACCAUAAAGAAGGACAAUCAGUGAAUCAGAGGAAAGAGAUGUCAAUUACACCAGAGACACAUUGUCAGGCUGUUUGUAUAUAAACUCUGGAGGCAAACCGCUUCUCAUCAUUUAAUGACAGCCACCUUCAUUCCAGACUGGUGAACAAAAUUACUUGAAAGGCUUUUCUUGGUUGCAGGGCUGUUCAUUCAUCAUCAGUAUAUAAUAUACCUGCUUUGCUGUCUUGAUGCCUGCAAGAGUCCGGUGUAGAUCAAAAUGUGUUUUUUACAGGGUAUGUUUGAGGUAAAUUCCCAUGUUAUGGAAUUAUUAUCAUAAUUCACUUCACUGAAGUUCUCCAUAAUCAAAGAUGUGUGUUAGAUUUGGCUCCAUCAGUGGUGUGAUUCAAAAUUCAUGGCCUUUCCCUGCCUGGAAGCUGUGGUCCUGUUCAACGCCUGGAAGUGUGGACAUAAAACAUUGGAUCUCUGAAAGUCAGAUCUGAAUUAGGAACACACACAGAAAUGUUGAGUGGAAGCAAAGUGUCAACAUCUCUUAAAGUGUAUAAAUGCUCAACAUUGUCUUUGACUAAUAGCUGCAGUACUUGCUGAGAAACGUAACCUAAGAUAUGGAAUAAUAUUAUAAUGUGGGUGUAAUAGUCCAUUCUUUCAAAUGGUUAAGUCUCUGUAGCAUUUUACAUCUUGUGCUGUACUGAACAGCUAUUUUUAUUUUAUUUUAUUUUAUAGAAGCAUUCUCAACUUUUGGUUUCUUUUUUUUUUACUGUAACUUCUCUGAUUGUAAAUGCUACUGUCAUCUGGUAUUAAAACAUUAGACAAAA